AGAGAGACGGAGGUAGAGAAAUGGCAGGUGCCGGAAAAUGCUUGCUGGUGACUGGACCUCCUGGUGUGGGUAAAACCACUCUAAUAGUCAAAGUCUUUGAAACCCUAAAAUCAUCAUACCCCAACUUAAAGAUUCAGGGUUUCUACACCAGUGAGGUUAGACAAGGAGGUGAUCGCGUUGGCUUCCAGGUGGUCACGUUAGACGGCCGUACCGCUCCGCUUGCUUCCUCCACCAUUUCCAGCUUAGAAUCGCUGAGAUGGCCCACUGUCGGGAAGUUCAAAGUUGAUGUUGCGUCGUUCGAGUCCCUGGCAGUUCCUGAAUUGCAGGUAAGAGAAGAUACUGACCUGUUUGUCAUCGAUGAAGUUGGUAAGAUGGAGUUGUUCAGUUCAUCUUUCUUCCCUUCCGUCUUAAGAGUGCUGGAAUCCAAUAUUCCGGUCUUGGCGUCAGUUCCAGUUCCAAAAGUUGGCCGUGAUAUACCUGCAGUUGCAAGGUUAAAGAAUCAUCCGGGUGCAACAAUUUUUACACUGAGCCAAAGUAACCGAGAUGCCACUAAAGAACUGAUAUACUCCCAAUUGGUAGACUUACUGAGAAAAUAAUAGUUGUUGGACUGGUCCUUGUUGUUUCCACCUCUAGUAUCAGGUCUUAAAGUCUUUUUGUUUUGUUGGUUACACUUGAUGGAUGCUAAAUGCAUUUAGUAGGCUUGAAGCAAGCAUUUUUGUACUCGAUAGUGCUUUUCUGUUACUGAGUUUCAACUGUAUUUUCAUUUGUUAUGUUUCUUGGAUCUUAGAUUCAAGUCAUAGGCAUGAUAUCCGAAGAUCUUACUCGUAUUGGUAAAAAAUGUUUAUGAUCAUUUGGGUACAGUGAACCAUACAUUACUUCCAAAUGCGGAAUUCAACUUAGUGGAGUUGGGACAAUGUGAAUUUGGAAAGAAAUCAUGUCUUAAUAAGAAAAAGGAAAACGAGAGUAUCAUUCCUAAAUAAGAAAUCAGAGCAGCUCAUCAGAUA